AGCCGCUGUCCCUUCGGCUCAGUCUGGCGUUUGCCAGGCUCUGGAGCUUGCUCUGGGGGAGGGUGCAUGACUAGUCCUGAGGCCCCUUCCCACCCGGGAGAAGGAGGGAAUCGCAGUUGAGUUUGUGCUGAAAAACCUUGUUGGUGGCAUCCUUUCAGUUGUAGAGACUGGGAUUCAUGAGUUUCGUUAACUAAAAUCUCUUUAUUGACCGACCAGGAAUGAAGGAUGGCAGCACGCCGUGCAUUAAAAGCUGUUUUGGUAGAUCUCAGUGGCACACUUCACAUUGAAGAUGCAGCUGUGCCAGGCGCACAGGAAGCUCUUAAAAGGUUACGUGCUACUUCUGUAAUGGUUAGGUUUGUGACCAAUACAACCAAAGAGAGCAAGCAAGACCUCUUGGAAAGAUUGAAAAAAUUGGAGUUUGAUAUCUCUGAAGAUGAAAUAUUCACUUCUCUGACUGCAGCCAGAAACUUGGUAGAGCAGAAACAAGUCCGACCCAUGCUGCUGGUUGAUGAUCGUGCCCUGCCUGAUUUUAAAGGAAUACAAACAAGCGAUCCUAACGCCGUGGUCAUAGGAUUGGCACCAGAGCACUUUCAUUAUCAAAUUCUGAAUCAAGCAUUCCGGUUACUCCUGGAUGGAGCGCCUCUGAUAGCAAUCCACAAAGCCAGGUAUUACAAGAGGAAAGAUGGCUUAGCCCUGGGGCCUGGACCAUUUGUGACUGCUUUAGAGUAUGCUACAGGCACCAAGGCCACCGUCGUGGGGAAACCAGAGAAAACGUUCUUUUUGGAGGCAUUGCGGGGCACUGGCUGUGAACCUGAGGAGGCCGUCAUGAUUGGAGAUGAUUGCCGGGAUGAUGUUGGUGGGGCUCAGGAUGUCGGCAUGCUGGGCAUCUUAGUCAAAACUGGGAAAUAUCGAGCAGCAGACGAAGAAAAAAUUAAUCCAGCUCCUUACUUAACUUGUGAGAGCUUCCCUCAUGCCGUGGACCACAUUCUGCAGCAUCUACUGUGAACCAUUAUGUGAAUCAGAAGCAACUUGAAAUGCAGCUUUUCAUCAUCUGGAAUGAAUCCCUCAACAACUCAGUGCCAGCAUGGACAGACAGAGACCACUCAGCCGCUGGUCACCAUUUAACCCUCUUUUAUUGUGCAGUAAUUAGAAAGAAAGGUAUUGAAUUGCAGCCAGCCACUAAGCCUGGCUAAUCCCUUUUGUUUUAUUUUGUAAAAGAAGAUGAGGUCGAAAGGAAGGGAAAGCUGAGAUUUUGUGCCAUUCCUUUUAAAAUAUUCAUCAAGUUAGCGGAGCUGGCGGAAGAGUCUGUUGCAGGGAGCCUUGUUCUCUACUGUCUCCUCCCUGGUAAAUUGGAGGGGUUCAGACUGCAUAAAGUUGGUGUUUUUUAUUGAAGGGUGCUUUGGGCUGUGGGUUUAAUAUUGAGUUCAGCUAUGAAAUCCGUCUGAAGUGCCUCGUGGAGUACAGGACAGAAGAAGCAAAAUAAAUUGCCCUUUAGCCCAAGUGAUGGAGUGAAUUUGCUUUAACGGAUGCUGAAAACUAGAUUAGCUACUGUAUUAUUUCCAGCAUGGGUGACUUCUUUUUCUCUUCAUUAGCGAGAGAUGACUAAUUUAAAUUUAGAACCUGAUUUUAAUUUAAAAUAAUAUUUCCAUUAAUAACCUAUUCAUUGCAGAUACCUAUUAUACUGUGUAACAGUUGUUUUGGAAAUUUUAUGUAAAAUUAAAACUAUCAGUAUUU